GCCAGGGGAAGGGGCGUGCCGAUUAGCGGAGCGGGCUUGGUCCAGCCAGUCCCGGGAGACGGGCGGGUGGGGCAGCCGUGCCGCUAACGGUGCCGUUUACUCUCUGAACGCAGCUCUAUUUGCGUAGCUUUGACUGCAUCUACGUUCACCUGUGUGUUGGAAAAUUCUUGCCCCGACAGCAGUAGUUUAUAAAAAUGGAACCUUGUUCUUGUGACACUUUUGUGGCACUACCUCCAGCAACAGUUGGCAACAGGAUUAUUUUUGGAAAAAAUUCAGACAGACUUUGUGAUGAAGUACAAGAGGUAGUUUAUUUUCCUGCAGCAACUCAUGAUCACCAGAGAGAACGUCUUAAGUGUACUUACAUAGAAAUUGAUCAAGUUCCUGAGACAUACGCUGUUGUCCUUAGUCGUCCAGCUUGGUUAUGGGGAGCAGAAAUGGGAGCCAAUGAGCAUGGAGUUUGCAUUGGGAAUGAAGCUGUGUGGGGAAGAGAAGAAGUUUCUAAUGAAGAAGCACUACUUGGCAUGGACCUUGUCAGACUUGGCCUUGAAAGAGCUGAAACAGCUGAAAAAGCCCUCAAUGUCAUUGUCGAGUUAUUAGAAAAAUAUGGUCAGGGUGGCAAUUGUUCCGAGGGCACACUUCUAUUUAGCUAUCACAACAGUUUCCUGAUAGCUGAUAGAAAUGAAGCCUGGAUUCUGGAGACUGCAGGGAAGUACUGGGCAGCAGAAAAAGUACAAGAAGGAGUUCGUAAUAUUUCAAAUCAGCUCUCUAUAACAACCAAGAUUGACCGGGAACACCCAGAUAUGAGAAACUAUGCCAAGCAGAAAGGUUGGUGGGAUGGCAAAAAGGAAUUCGAUUUUGCUGCAGCAUACUCUUAUCUUGAUACAACCAAGUUGCUGAUUUCAUCAGGCAGAUAUUGUGAAGGUUACAAGCUGCUAAAUAAACACAAAGGAAACAUAACUUUUGAAACGAUGAUGGAAAUUCUCCGAGAUAAGCCAAGUGGUAUUAAUAUGGAAGGAGAAUUCCAGACAACUGCAAGCAUGGUCUCUAUUUUACCUCAAGACUCAACACUGCCUUGCAUUCACUUCUUUACAGGCACUCCUGAUCCGGAAAGAUCUAUUUUUAAGCCUUUCAUAUUUGUGCCAAAUAUUUCACAACUGUUGGACACUAGUUCACCAACAUUAGAACUUGAAGAGCCAACUAAAAAAAAGUCUAAUUUUAAGAUUAAGCCUGAUAGGAGACACCCACUCUACCAACAACAUCAACAGACAUUGGAAAUACUAGAAAAAAAUAAGGAAAAAGCCCAAACAGUGUUGGACAACAUGAAGAAAAUGGAGAAAGAACUAUUCAAAGAGAUGGAAUCAAUUCUUCAAAGCAAGCAUCUUGAUGUGAAUAAAAUUGUUAAUCUUUUUUCUCAGUGUACACAAGAUGAAAUUAGAAUUUAUAGGUCAAAUAUUAAUCCUUAGUGGUUUUAUAUAUAUGGUCAGUGAUUUUCCUUGAAGUCAGACUCUGACCUUUAGCAAAUGACAAAAGGCCAUUUGAGAGAUCCAAUUAUUCUUUAAGAUCAUCUAGGUAUAUUUUGACUAUUAAAAAACCACAUAUGUAGUCUUGCCAAAAUAAUCAGGAAAGAAAACAACAUUAGAAUUAGACAUAUAUAUUUGGGGUAAUCAGGUAUUACUUUAGGUAACAGACGUGUUAUUUUUUAGCCAUAUACUUUUGAAAAUCACACAAUUAUUCAAUAUUACAUAAAGCAUAAAAUAUCAAAAUAAUAUAUGAAAUUAUGUUUAUUAUAAUUAUAUAGUAUCCUCAAGUAAUUUUCUCAGUUACAGUAAGCAGAUUUUCUCAAUAAUAAAGAUACUGCCUUAAGUGAGGUUUUUUGUGUUCCACAUAAAUAUUAAUCUAUCAAAAGGUUUUACAUUUAUGCAGUUAUUAUAGUGUAUCAGUUCUGUAAAUGCACUUCUAUUACUAUUAUCAAGACGCAGAAUGUUUUUAUCAAGACCUGGCCGACCAGUGAGCCUGUUUGUCUGUCUGUCUGUCUCUCUAGUAUGAGGGAACUAAGGAUAUGUGGUUUAUUGAUGGAUGUAGGGAAACAUUAAAAAAGCAGUUUUAGGUUUAGAAAAAACUGAAGAGAAAGUACCAGGGUUCCCAGUAACUCCUCUCCCUGCCACUUCCCUUCCAAGCCUUCUCUGCUAGCAAUAUUCCACAUCACAGUACUGCUUUAGUUGUUUUGAGGAACCUAUAUGACAGGUUCUAGUCCAUAUUCUAUAAGGUUCAUCCUUGGUCUUAUCUACACUAUGGGCUGGACAAACGAAUAAUGAAUGUAAUCACAAUUAUACUAUUAUGCAAGGCACUUUAAAUGCUUAAAAAAUCCCCUAUAUCUUCCUUUUUCACCCCUCCUCAUUUUAUUUAUUGAAUUAUGUAUGUGGGGCUAUUCCCAACCAGUGUUGUAGAACAAAUUGCAAAACAUGGUCUCCACCCCUUAAGCUCUCUCCCGGUCUGCUCCUUUUCCUUUUUUGUGGGAGAGGGGGGCCACACCUGAUCAUGUAUCAUGGCUUUGUCCUUAGGCAUCACACCUGGUUUGGGUGUACCAGGGACCACCUGGGAUGCUGGGGAUCAAACUAGGGUUUGCAGUGUGCAUGGAAAGCACCCUACCCUCUGUACUAUCUCUCCAGCCCUCUCUUUUCCUUUUUAAAAUCCUGACAACAACUAAUAUUUUCGUUUCCAUAAUUUUUAUUUUCUAAAAUAUCACAUAGCUGGAAUUGUAAAGAAUGUAACUUCACCAUAUUGGCUCUUUAAUUUUACAAUGUGCAUUAAAGGUUCCUUCAUGUCUUUUUAUGA